UUAGGCUCGUUUAACGGGGCUGCUGUUGGCUUAAUUAGGGUUUUAUGCGUUUGCAAUACGAGAAGACAACAUCGGGGCCUCUCAAUUCAAUUAAUUUAAAGGGGUGUUUCCUCCAGAGGAAAUCCGGAAAAAUACUAGUAGUACGCUGCUGUUGUAGCUGAAAAGUGAUACGGUAGAACAGCGGGCCUCUCAAUCAGUUUCGGCCAGCCAUGGCUCCCUCUGCGCCACCUUCAAGCUCCGGCGCUCAAUACCCGAAGAAGUCACUCGGGCUCGUAGCAAAUGCCAUGAAAAGAAAACAUAGCUUUAUACAGUUGUUCAUGAUGACCGGAAUCUUACUAUUGAGCGUUAGAUCGCUGGGUCAAAAGUACCGCCUCCACGAGCUCCAGGAAGACGCUGCCGCUCUCAAACAAGAGCAAGAGGGCCUUAUUAAUCGAAAGAACCACAUCAAGCAAAGCCUCCUUGCUGAAGCUGCUCGUGACCCCUCUGGCCUUUUUACUACGAGGCUCCGCCUCCUCUUCGGUGAAGACUGAAGCCACAUACACCACUAUAGAUGCAAUUCUGUAUUCAAAUCAUAUCCCCUUCUGCCACAUGCCAGAGCAUUGAGCAAAUUGAGGGACGGGUAAAUCUAAAUGUUGCAUUUGAGUUACUGAGAGUUCAUGUAACUAUUGAUGCUAUGACAGCUUUUUCAUACUUAAAGCUGAGUGUUCUAACUUGCAAGUCAUGUCUAUCCUAGAUUCUAUUUGUGGACUAGUUUUCAGCUCCCCAGGAAUGUUGGGCAAGCGUCCUCUUACUUGGUAACUGAAUAGGGGUCUGUAUGCGACUAUUAAUACUAUGCCAGCAUUUCUACAUUCAAA